GAAUUUCUUAAUUUUAAACAAUUAAAGAGGUCUUUGAAAGAAGCUGUUUUGCUAGAUUAUUAUACUGCAGGAUUUUGUUGGGCUAAAGAAAUGAACUUCAGUCUUAUACAGCUCUCAGGAUUCAUGGAUCUAUUAAAUUUCCUGUUGGAGAAUCUCAGUGACAAACAUAUGACCUUAGGAGAUAACUUAAAAGAACUUGGAAGAGCAAUGGCUGGAAUAGGAGAAAGUGAUUCAGGAAGUAGUGACUUGAAUUUCUUCAGCAUUGAGCAAGCCAAAGCAGUCAUUGAUUACUUGAUUAUCAGCUUAUUUAAACAUUAUAAAGUAUAUGAAUACCUCUUUCACAGUCCUGGAGAAGAAUUUGUGAUAAGUAACGAGGAUAUGAUUGAACUUGCUCAACCUGCAGUUCCUCCCUUCCCUGCUCUGCUGGGGGAAGGCGUACCUUCAGAUACCUAUUCGUCACUCAGAUCGUCACCAAAAGCUGCAGAGACAGAAUCUGAGGGGUCUGAUCAAGAGGGUUACCUGGAAGAGCCCUGUCCAGAGGUAGAGUUCUUCAAGGCAGAUGCUGUGGCUGGUGGCACUGCUGAAGAUCAGAAUUCUGCACUGGAUGAAAUCCCAAAUGAAAUUAUUGGCAACCUUGAGGCGGAGAUAAAUGACAAGCUGCAAAUGCAAGAAGAAGCUGAGACUUUGAGAACAGAAGAAUUAAAAAGUCCUAAAUAG